AUGCCUGGCGUUCCGAAAUCACAGGGGUGUCAGAGCUGCAAGCUGCGGAAAAUCAAGUGUGACGAGACAUGGCCUAAGUGCCUCCACUGCCAGACUUCAAGAUUGAUAUGUCCAGGCCCAGCGCAGCUAUUCAAGUUCGUGGACCACAGCUUUCCAGUUCCGGGGAAGAAGAAGCAUGUUCGCGCUUCAUCCCCACGAGGACAAGGUGCUGGAGGGGCGUGGCACAACUUGCGCCUGCAACGGGCUCACAGCUCUGGUAUCCGUGGAGGAGGACGCCGUACGCCAGAAAGUUUAUCUGACCAAAGUCCCAGUCCGAAGGCUGUCUCGCCAACACCUGAUGAACUUUCCUGUAUGCGCUUAAUCUCUCACCUAGAGGGGGGAUUGCAAAAGAUCACGCAUCUCGGCUUAACAUUUGUUCUGAAGCUGCCGAUGAGGAUACAGAGCAGUGCUUGUCUACGAGAUUCAGUCGAACUAUUCUGUUCAGGCUUGACAGAUUUCCAGCAGCCAGAGCCUAAACGAGAUCUCAUGUUGUUGCCGGAGUAUGGGAAAGCCUUGAGAAGCCUGCGGCUAGCUCUCACGAAUGAUGAAGCGCUCAAGGCCGAGACGUUAGCUGCAAUUGCGCUCAUGGAGCGUGCCUCGGACUUGUUCGAUCGGCAGGGUAAAAAGUUCAACAUCCAUUCCCGUGCUGCCAUUCAAAUGAUGAAACAACGAGGGCCGACAAACAACGAUGAUGAGUUGGAUGUUGCCGUGUGUAAUGAUCUGUACGGGAUGGAGAUGUCUGGUUGGAGCGUGCAGCGUGGCGGGAUUCCGCCGAAGACCACAGAAUGGAAAGAAGCUCUGGAAAGGGCCAAAUCAACCCAUCGGAAGAUUGUCAAAGGAGAUAACUUGGCCAUGUCCGAUUUAGAGACUCUCGCCGAAUGCUGCCGCAAUCUCAACGCGCUGAUUUCCGAGUUUCAAAAUACCUCGCGCCAAUCAUUUAAAUCCAAACCAAAUGCCAAUGCCGCUGCCCGGAAUGGGCAAGUGAACGACAUGGAAGCAGCCAUAGCAAAGACCAUUCAGAUGUUGUUAGAAUAUGCCCUGGAAGAAGGCGCCAUGAUAGUGGUCAAUGACCCCGAUGGCAUCGUGGGAAAGAGAUACGACUUUACCGACCCAAUGCUCUGUCAGCUAUAUCUGGUUGUGCUGUUCCUACACCUCGUCCCACUACACAUCUUGUACGAGACUGACAGAGUUCUCCAUGGUACCUCGGACAAUGAUUUACAUGCGAGGCUCCGAUCGGUUGCCGUCGAGGCCUGGAUGUGUAUUCCAUACAUACGGUCAACAAACUGGCUGGCUGGACGGUUCCCGGAAGCGCCCCUUUACGCAACUUAUGAGGUUGCCAAUUCUACGGAGAAGGAAUAUAUUCUUGACAUGGUGCAAUAUCUCGACAAAAACUCUGGAAGGUUACCACCAUCACGGGCAGCGCAGAGCGCCUACGUUCUGAAGAAAGCAAAGAUUUUAAUGGGGCGAGACUCGGAGUCUUUCUAUUUUUGA